AGAGGGGACCGAGCAUGGAUCGGGGCCUGGCCCUCCUGCUGGCGGGGCUUCUGGGGCUCCUCCAGCCGGGCUGCGGCCAGUCCCUCCAGGUGAAGCCCCUGCAGGUGGAGCCCCCGGAGCCGGUGGUGGCCGUGGCCCUGGGCGCCUCUCGCCAGCUCACCUGCCGCCUGGACUGCGCGGACCGCGGGGCCACGGUGCAGUGGCGGGGCCUGGACACCAGCCUGGGCGCGGUGCAGUCGGACGCGGGCCGCAGCGUCCUCACCGUGCGCAACGCCUCGCUGUCGGCGGCCGGGACCCGUGUGUGCGUGGGCUCCUGCGGGGGCCGCACCUUCCAGCACACCGUGCGGCUCCUUGUGUACGCCUUCCCGGACCAGCUGACCAUCUCCCCGGCAGCCCUGGUGCCUGGUGACCCGGAGGUGGCCUGUACGGCCCACAAAGUCACGCCUGUGGACCCCAAUGCGCUCUCCUUCUCCCUGCUCCUGGGGGACCAGGAACUGGAGGGGGCCCAGGCUCUGGGCCCGGAGGUGGAGGAGGAGGAGGAGGAGCCCCAGGAGGAGGAGGACGUGCUGUUCAGGGUGACAGAGCGCUGGCGGCUGCCGACCCUGGCAACCCCUGUCCUGCCCGCGCUCUACUGCCAGGCCACGAUGAGGCUGCCUGGCUUGGAGCUCAGCCACCGCCAGGCCAUCCCGGUCCUGCACGGCCCGACCUCCCGGGAGCCCCCCGACACGACCUCCCCGGAACCCCGGGCCGCGACCUCCCCGGAGACCACCCCCCAGCAGGGCUCCACACACAGCCCCAGGAGCCCGGGCUCUACCAGGACUUGCCGCCCUGAGAUCUCCCAGGCUGGGCCCACGCAGGGAGAAGUGAUCCCAACAGGCUCGUCCAAACCUACGGGUGACCAGCUGCCCGCGGCUCUGUGGACCAGCAGUGCGGUGCUGGGACUGCUGCUCCUGGCUUUGCCCACCUACCACCUCUGGAAACGUUGCCGGCACCUGGCUGAGGACGGCGCCCACCCACCAGCUUCUCUGAGGCUCCUGCCCCAGGUGCCGACCUGGGCUGGAUUAAGGGGGACCGACCAGGUCGGGAGUAGCCCCUUCUGAGUAGCCAGCCCUUCCCCCUGUGAAGGGAAAAUAGGUUGGACCCCUUCAAGCUGAGAACUGGUCGGGGCAAACCUGCCUCCCAUUCUAUUCAAAGUCAUCCCUCUGGUCACAGAGAGGGACGCACAUUCUGAUUGCCUCCUUUGGAAAGGCUCAUCAGAAACUCAAAAGAAGGUGAUCGUUUGUCCCGCCUACCCGUGACCUGGAAGCCCCCGCCCCGCUCGAGUGACCCCUGACUUUCUGGACGGAACCAACGUACUUCUUACAUA